AUGGCGUCGGGCUCAUCUGCUCUACGAGCACUACAAGUACUGCUCCUUCUCCUCCCGCUACUGUUCUCCGUCGACGUCUGUGCUGCAGGCACAAUGACACCACCAACAAUACGAUCUCAGCGCGGCAAGCCCAACACCAACAGCAAGCAGAAGCAGGGAGCGCCGCCAGCGGCACCGGCAGUGCGCGCCCUGGUGCAGUCCACCUGCAACGCCACCACAUACUACGACCUCUGCGUGGCCGCCCUCCUGUCGGACCCGUCCAGCUCCACCGCCGACCUCCGCGGCCUCUGCGCCAUCGCCGUCUCCGCAGCUGCCACCAACGCGUCCGCCACGGCAGCCGACCUCGCCAACACCACCUCCUCCUCUGCUGCCACCGCAGGCCCAAUCUCAACAGGGUCGACGGUCGAGCCGGGUAGUGAUGGGCGCGUGCGAGUGCCGGCGCCCCUCCUCCAGGCGUGCGCGGCCAAGUACGGCGAGGCACGGGAGGCGUUGCUGGAGGCACGGGAGUCCGUCGGCGAGGAGUCGUAUGACUACGCGUUCGUUCACGUGGGCGCCGCGGCGGAGUACCCGGCGGUGUGCCGGACCCUGUUCAUGAGGAAGCGGGUGGCGUACCCCGUGGAGCUCGCCAAGAGGGAGGAAGGGCUGGAGCACCUCUGCACCGUCGCCAUUGACAUCAUCACACUCCUCGCCUAG